AAUAUAUAUAGUUGUUAAACAUGCCGCCCGUGGCGCCACGAGUCGCAUCUGCAGCAACACGCCACUACAUCAGCAUGCGGUUAGCUCACUGUAUUCAUUGAAAACACGUGACGUCAAGGGAACCACUGGUCAUGUGCAGUCUGGGAGAAAGUAUAAAGUCUUGUAGGUUGUGGAAACUUUAUUAUGUUACUUAGAAGACGAAAGAGAAGCGAAAAUUUUGAUCAUGAAGUUUCUGACACUAACACUGAUUACGCUCUGUUUCAUCACUUUUUCAGCAGCAUAUCUGUUCAGAGAAAUAGUGGAGAAGAAAAAUGGUGGUUGCUACCUCCCUGAUUUUGGACAGAUUGAAAAUAAAGGUGUGGUGUAUAACGACGAGAAAUGUGAGAUUCGUGUCUGUGAUGCAGAUGGAGAUGAAGCUUUUAUUAAUGGAGCAGGGUGUGGUGUUAUUGGAAUAGACGAUCCAAACUGUAAGCUGGUACCUGGAGAAGGACAUUACCCGUCUUGCUGCCCUGCUCCAAUAUGCAAGAAACCGGAUAACAAAUAAAUAACGGCGGUUGAAAUUUUGGUUUUUCGUUUUCAUUGAUUUCCAGCGUGUAAGAGGAGACAGAAGAAAUGUGAUGACAAUUUGUAACCGUCUGAAAUAACUGAUUGUAAUGAAGCAGAAACUAACUGUUAACUAAGAGAUCUCGAAAUAUAACAUUUGUAUCGAAAUCAUUCAUUGAUUUGCCACUCCUCCACAGUGGCUCAGGGUUAAGCUGGAUGGCUUAUAAUGAUAAAAAUAGGGUUUCGAUACCUGCAGUGGCCACAGCACAGAUAAGCAAUUGUGUAGCUUUCUGCUUAACUACAAGCAACAAACAAAAUCGUUUGAUUUAUACAAAAACAAGACAUGCCAGUAUUUUUUGGUUCUAAGCUAUGACUACAAUUUGUUGGUCAUAUUCUCUAAACCUAAAUAUUGAUUACAUUUUGUAUAAUUAAUUUACAUAUACGUCUAAAAAUAGAAUAAUAGUAAUAAAUGACUGAACAACGACAUUGCUUCAUUGGACGUCCAAUCAGAUUUUUGACUUAUUGAAAGUUUAACUUUAAGUCUGGGUACUGCUUAUUAACACAAAUGGCCAGUAACUGUGUUGUUAUCUAUGUGUAUAUAUUACCCUGUAUUGAACCGUUAUGAUAUCGUGAUGAUUGUUGUAUUCAUUUAUAUUAAAAAAACAAACCAUUUAUUCUGAAUUACUUCACUUUCAUAAAACUA